AACAUGUUUUUUCCUAAGUAAAUUAUCACUCGUUUGGUGCAAAGAUCGUAGAUUACUGAUGCGGUUCUCCUUUGGAAAUGGCGGAAGCGGCUGCGUCAAGACGGCCAACACGGUUUUUGACGCGAUACAUUUGGCAUUUCUUUCUCUAUGGCGAUGCGUUUAACGGUAGCUUGCCAGGGAAACCAAAACUGUUUUAAUAACGCGUGCUCAUGCGGCACACACAACUAGCUAUGAUAGGCCGCAUUUUUCAAUGGAAAGUCAUACUUUGUUUUUGCAUCAUCGUCUGCUUUGCAUCAGUUUUCCUCAGGUUUGAAAACAAGUUGGCACUGCUCGAGUCGUCCCGCCUAAAACUGACGGACACGGUUGGUAGGCUACAGCUGUUUUACCUCAAUGAGCGGCUGCAUGACUUCCCACCUGUGCAAGAGAGCCGCACUGAUGCACCCUUGGAUGACUUUGGGCUACCUGAGAAAACAAUGGACAAUCUUGUCAUUUUGUACAACCGGGUUCCCAAGACUGGCAGCACCAGCUUUAUGGGUGUUGCAUAUGAUUUGUGUACUACCAACAAGUUUCAUGUGCUCCACUUGAACACAUCCAAGAACAUGCAUGUCAUGUCACUCCCAGAUCAGAUUAGGUUUGUGUACAAUAUUUCCCUGUGGCAGUACAUGAAGCCUGCCAUUUACCAUGGGCACAUUGCAUUUCUCAACUUUGCAAAGUAUGGGGUCUCCCAGAGGCCCGUCUACAUCAACCUUAUCAGGCGGCCUCUGGAUCGUCUUGUCUCGUAUUUCUAUUUCCUCAGGCAUGGGGAUGACUUCAGGCCUUACUUGAUUCGUCGAAGACAGGGAAACAAGAUGACUUUUGAUGAAUGCGUUGCCAAGAAAGGGGCGGACUGUGCUGAAGAACGGCUAUGGCUUCAAGUGCCAUUCUUCUGUGGCCAUGCUGCAAGGUGCUGGAUUCCGGGGAACCCAUGGGCCUUGGAGGAGGCAAAGCACAAUCUUGUGAACCAUUAUUUCCUUGUUGGGCUGACAGAACAGCUGCAGGAAUUUGUGGUCAUGCUUGAGGCAUCUUUCCCCCGUAUGUUCAAGGGAGCCACUGACAAGUUCGUUACAGGGAAGAGGUCACACCUUCGGAAAACCUUCAACAAGGUGCAACCAAGCCAGGAGACCAUAGAACACUUCAAGCGUUCACCAAUCUGGCAGAUGGAGAAUGAGUUUUAUGACUUUGCAGCCGAACAAUUCGAGUUUGCCAAGAAACGAACUUUAGUGGCAACUCAGGAAGGGCAGCAGACAGAGCUUGGCCAGCAGUUCUUCUAUGAGAAGAUUCGUCCUAAGUGAUCAGUGAUAGUGCAGUGUGUGACCCUUUGCCUGGUUUGAAGCCAGAACUGCCUUAAACGGGCAGGUUUCAUCAAGCCAUUUUUUUCCCGGGGCUGUGCAAAUGCUUGAUGCUGGUUCUUUGUAUUGAAAGCCAGCGUCAGAUGCGCCAGAGUAGGCAGUUACCAAAGCAUUAAUCAGUAUGGUGUUUGGUGCUAGAGAUUGACAACUGCAUAUGCCUGCACAAGCCAUUUCAAAUGUGUGCAUAGCUCUGUUCUCAGUGGGUAAAACAUGUGAAAAGAGAAAAUCCAAGGUGCUUCAACAUGCUGGUAACAUUCUCAUCAUUAAAAAAAAAUUAAUUUUAAGUUCAAGAAGGUCAUUUUAUUGACAGGCA